ACACAGUGCAUGAGCAAUUCGCAACGCAUCAAACGGGCCGUUUGCUUCCUCCGAACGGAUCUGCCAUCGAACGUAAUGGCGCCUACGACGAUGGCUCGUUUCUCUGUGUUCGGCUGUCUCGCCGUGGUCUUAGUUUCAGCCAAGAUACUGACGUACGCAAGAGAACAAAUAGUGAUCGAUGGAAAUUGCAGGUAUGGGAUUGUCCUCGUGAAAGGAAACUACAGCUUCACUCUGGAAAAGGCCAACGAAGUGUGCGGCCUCCUAAACUACACGCUGGCCACCAGCGAAGAGCUAGAGCAAGCGUACAACGUAGGCUACGAGACGUGCCGGUACGGAUGGACCGCUGACGGGAAGUACGUUAUCCCAAGACACAAGCCGCAGGACACGUGCGCAAGGGGGCAAAUCGGCUUGCUGAUAUAUGAGAGCCAGCAGAACAAGUCUUUCGAUGCCUACUGCUUCAACAGUAGCGAAAUGGGUGUAAAAUACUGCAACAAGUCUGACAUCACCGUGACCAUCAUUUGGAAGAAUGUCGUCCCUGACUCAAACUCAUCGACAACCACAACUGCCGCCGCAAUGGGAGUGGGCAACAGCACGUUGAAUAUGAUAGACGCCAACGCCACAGCGGAUUAUGUCUUAGACAAGCACAUGAAGGCUAUCAAAGCAUUUCUGCAUGCCGCAGACAAGAAGGUGAAAGGAACGAGCAUUUACUUUUGGAUUGCGCUGCUCAUUGCAUUGAUGUGUGGGCUUGCGGCUGCUAUUUACAUAACAGUCAUCACAUGUUCAAGAUCAUGAAAACGAGUGGCCUGACAUUGAGUGGACGAAGAAACAACUUCGCGUUCUCGCUACCCUGCCAUCACCUUCACUGCACUGUCACUUGCACGACUAACAUGUUGACCGAGAGUGUAGUGACCGAAAUGCCAUGGACAGACCCUCGAGCACAAGGUGAUCUAGUUUGUGUAACUCGACUCUGACCAUGACAGGUCAAAAACUAAGCACACAAUUGGAAUAAUUUAUCCAGGAAUCCUCAAUGAGUCUCAAAACUAUUUUUUUCAAGAGGGCCUUGAAUUUGGACUAUUAUUUGUAUAACUAGUGUUUCGCAUGUUCUAUGUAUGUACAUUAAACUUUUUUUGCACCGUACAUAGCCAACCAUGCUCAUUGGAGGUGCGGGAGAAGGACAACAAGAGCAUUGUGAGUGGUACAUGUCGGCUUAGUGAUAGGGGUAGUGAUAGGGGUAGUGAUACGGGUAGUGAUACGGGCACCACGGUGGCGAGAUGUUAACUAUCUCGCCUGGUAUGCAGGAGGUCGUGGGUUCGACCCUGACCCUGAAGCCUGCUGUAUAUUUGGAGUUUGCGUGUUCUCCAUGUAGUCAUGUGGAUUCUUCCCCAAGUCCUCUGUUUUUUUCCCCACCACAUUUAGAAUCACCAUGCGUUUAGAGUAUUUGGCUGUGAUGAAUGUCCGCAUGAUAAGCCACUUCGUUUGUGGCCAGGUCGUUUCUCUAUAGAUCAGUGGGCCUUACCUGCAAGAUAAAAACAAUAGUUUUGUUUUUAGUUUAGGGUAAAGUACCUGGAGAAACUUUUACUUGCCAGAAUAAAACAAUUCAAAAGGUGCGCACAGAUGGGUUUACAAACCUACUUUCUGUACUCCUUCUUUGCACCCAAGCAGCUUUUGGAGUUCCACAAAUCCUCAUUCUCCACCGUCUCCGGCCUCCAAAUUGCUGGAGUGCAGGCGUGCAACACGAAGCUUAGCUCACGAAGCUAAAGUGGCAAUAACAAAAACGACUUCAUCCAAAAUCGAGAGAUAUGCAGAGUUUGUACUUCUAACUCGUGAAAGCCUCACUGAGCCGCAACACAAUUUUCCAGGAGGGUCUUACACGAGUUAAAACAAUUAAGCUAAAUUAAUUCGUGAGUAAUUUUGUAAGUGGGAAAAAAAAAUUGAAAAUCUGGAGAAAAUGCUUCGUAAAAAGGUACACGUAAAAUGAUAAUAGGUGUAAUAUAUGUCAAUAUAAUAGGUGUUAAGAUUUUCAAACACCAAAUAGAAACCUUUUGCAGCGAAUCAGGUAACUGCAUUAACCACACGUACUUGUGGUGAACAUGCAAACAAACAUGCUCUGAUACAGGAAAGCCACCCACACGGAUGCUUAUCUAAAACCGGAUUCCCACCACCAUCCAUCCCAGAAGAAUUCCCUCAUCAAGACUCUAUAUCAUAGAGCCCAAUGCAUCUCCGACCAUGAACACAUUUCCAGUGAACUCAAACACGUACGCCAAGCUCUUAAGGCUAAUGGUUACUCCGACUACACAAUCCGCAAAGCCAUCACUCCAACCAUCAAGAAGGAUCCUGUUGAGGAGCCUUUCAAGACCAUCACCUUACCCUACAUUGCUGGGGUCACAAAAAAGAUCUCCAAAAUCCUGAUUAAACACAAGAUCCAGGUCCGAUUCAACACAGUACAUAAAAUCCGUGAUCUGGUCCCGUCUGUAAAAGAUGUGGUUCCAGACAUACAGUACCCUGGCGUCUACAAACUAAGUUGCCUCUGUGGUAGCAGUUACAUUGGAGAAACCAAACGACAUGUCUCGGACCGCAUCCGUGAACAUAAGGCAGACCUGAAACACGGUAGGACAAACACCUCAGCCGUGGCAGAUCACUGUUACAAUUCAGUGGGCUCACAUGACAUUGACUUCUCCAAGACAAGAGGUUCUCUGCAAGCCAUCUGGCUAUCAUGAGAGAUUCAUUCAUGAGGCGAUCCACAUAUACAAACACAGAGACAAUUUCAACCGAGAAGAUGGAUUCUGGCUUAGCAAUCAUUGGAAGGACGUAAUAAACCAUUUCGGAUCUUAACUGAUUGUGUUCACGUUAACGGUGACUUUCAGACCGCGUUCCACUCACUGGCAUGGUGCAGUGUGCAGAGUAAUGUAUGGUGUCGUAAUUGUACAGUAAACAUAUAGCAGUAUGAUACACAUUAGGGUGGGUAGAAUAAUACAUAGUGUUAUAUUAAAAUGGAUAAGGCAGCAACUGCAGCAGCAGCAGCAAGUGCAGCAGCAGCAAGUGCAGCAGCAGCAGCAACUGCAGCAGCAGCAGCAACUGCAGCAGCAGCAGAAACUGCAGCAGCAGCAACUGCUGCAGCAGCAGUAACUGCAGCUCCCUUUGAUGCUGUUAAUCCUGCAUAAUGCACAUGCAUAUGCAGUACUAAUUACAUUCCUGCAUUUCCCAUAAAUAUGCUAAAUUCCUGUUGAUAUGCAAAUUCCUUUGUCAAUGCGCCCAGCUUAUAUAUAUGCUCUAAGCCCGUGUGCUGUUUCAUUCAGACUCUGUCGCCUCGACGGACCUGGUUUUCACCUGAGGACGGCUGCUUGCGUUGUGGCCGAAACGUCGUGAGAAUUGUUUUAUUAUGUUUUAUUUUUAUUAUUUUAUUACUUCCCUUUUACGUGACUUUACCGAAAGAACCAAGAAGAUAAACAUGCUCUGAUCAAAUAUGCGUUGCCUUUGAAACGUAUUGGCCUACACCAUUGACAGCCUUCUUUAUGGCCUAGUCUCACGAGUGUCAGACCGGUGUUAGACAAUGCAUGUAUCAGAGCAUUCAGAGUUCGGGUUGAGCAGCAACAUCAUGUGACCUUUUUAUCCAGUAUCAACGUAUGAAAAAUAAGAAUCGGUUGUACCCUCUAUGGCAAUUCAACAGGAGCUGUUAAGAUGUUCAAACACCAACUAGAAACCUAUUCUUAUAUUUCAUACUUUGAUCCUGGAAAAGAAAGGUCCCAUGAUACAUAAAGUGAUCUGUACGGAUAGGUCAUUGACCUACUUGCUGUACUACUGAUUCAGCGGGUCGAAGACGAUGGUGUCUCUGCGUGAUCCACCCCCCCGCCCCAUCUCGAAAAGUGCAGCAUUAAAAAGUGUGUUCCAGCAAACGGGCGGCAAAACAUUACACAGGAUCAUUGUGUGUACAAUCAUCUUAAGUGUAUCAGCUGUCGAAAAAUCACAUUCGCAAAGCAGAGACCUUAAUAGAAUACAAUUAAAACGCCAUACGAAAUCAGUUACAUUGAUUGAACAUUUUUGUAUUUUAAAUGCACUCAUGUAAUCUUCCAUUCAGCCUCAUUUUAGCUUGGUACAUCGUACGGGUCGGCUACAUAUUGGCACCGUACAAAUCACAUGUUUUAUGACAAAUCAGUGAUCGUAACAACAUCUUGGAAUAAGGGAUCAUUGAAAUUAUUUUAAUGUGUUUUAAAUGUGGUUUUGUUCGGAUAUGAAUUAUCUCGUAUAACAAUUUAAAAUUAAUUUAGAGAUUAUCUGUGUUUUAUCUAUUUUUUUAACGAAACAUAUACAGUUCUAACAAUUCCUGUACAAUUAUGCCAAUUUAAUAGGUAAAAACAUAUAUGAAGCCUUGUGUUAAACAAGCCUGUUGUUAUAGAAUCAGUUGAAAUCAGACUCUAGGCUAGUAUUUUUUAUAUUAUUCAUAUGCGGUGUUUGCUAUAUUUUCGUAGUUUUUUUUUUCAAAUUGAAAAACAUGUUUAGUUGUGCUUUGUAUAAUGUUUUAUUACCUUUGUACAUUAACAUUCUCAAAUAAUAUAAAAAUAUUGAGAUGUAGUUCAUCUUCAUUUAAAGUGCUUAAGUUUAAAACAAACACUGUUUAUCUGGCAAAAAAUACAAUCUUCUGUCAUCUGUUUAAACGCUGCCCUUCAACAGAGCAUUUACAUUUAAGCAGUGCUGGUUUUAUAAGCAUAUAUUCCGUAAAGUAGUGAAUCACAGAUUUAUGAUGUACUCAUUCGUAAUUCAAAAUAAAGUCAAAUGUUCAUAUUCGUUCUACAUCACGAUGUGCAAAUAAAACUGGACUCAUUU